AUGGCUUCUGCAGGCAAACGGAGAUGCACACGUAUUAAGGCCAAGGAUAUUGCAACUGCGUACACAGGUACCAGAAACGAGAGAGAUGGCGUACGCGCACCACCCUCACACAGGAACACCCAACAGGAAAUAAAACCAGCAUUAAUGUAAAUGAGUCAUGGCAUGAGAGGGAGAGUAAGAGAGCAGAAAGGGAGGGCGCUUGGGUGCAAGAGAGACAGGAAGGUGCGUAUGUAAGCCAGUGUGCAGUGAAGAGCGAGAGCCACUGCUAUGCCCCAGCAGUGAUGGACUCUCAGAACCGUGCCGCGCUGGAUAUCUCCACCAGAAACCCCCAGGAUGACUUUGAAAUCCUUUUGCGAGUCGGCGGAGGCACCUAUGGAGAAGUCUAUAAGGCACGGAACAAGCAGAAUAGAGAAAUGGCUGCUCUCAAGAUCAUCAAGAUGGAACCAGAGGAUGACUUUUCGGUGAUCCAGCAGGAGAUUGUGAUGGUGAAGAGCUGCAUGCACCGCAACAUCGUAGCUUACUUUGGUAGCUAUAUCCGGGCCAACAAGCUAUGGAUUUGUAUGGAAUAUUGUGGUGGAGGUUCUCUCCAAGACAUCUACCACAUAACUGGACCUCUGUCAGAGCAGCAAAUUGCCUAUGUGUGCAGAGAGAUGCUAACGGGUCUUGAAUAUCUGCACGGACAGAAGAAGAUUCACAGAGACAUUAAGGGUGCAAAUAUUCUUCUGAAUGACCAAGGAGAAGUGAAGCUUGCGGACUUCGGGAUUUCCGCGCAGAUCACAGCCACGUUUGCUCGCCGCAUGUCCUUCAUCGGAACGCCGUACUGGAUGGCGCCAGAGGUUGCCGCCGUGGAGAUCAAGGGCGGCUACAACGAGCUGUGCGACAUUUGGUCUGUGGGCAUCACUGCCAUCGAGCUGGCGGAGCUGCAGCCUCCCAUGUUUGACGUUCACCCGCUCAGGGUGCUGUUUCUCAUGUCCAAGAGCGGCUACCAGCCUCCGAAAUUAAAGGACAAAGCAAAGUGGUCAACUGCAUUUCAUAACUUCAUCAAGAUGAUGCUCAUCCGGAACCCGAAGAAGAGGCCCAGUGCCUCUAAGCUGUUGACGAAUAGCUUUCUUUCUCAGACCUGUUUAAACCAGUCCCUGACCCUGGACCUACUGGAGAAGCAUCGGCAUCCAGAAAGGCUUAAGGAUUGCCUGCAGGCUGAGGAAGAGGACAUGGAGGUCAUCAUACCAGGAUCCCUGAGAAGAAUCCGCUCCACAAAUCGACACAGCAAAGCUGAACGCACCAAUUCUGACAGCAGCUGGCAACAGCAGCCAGACAGAAAGUGUUUGGAUGGAACGGUACAGCACAAGCGAGAUGCCAUGUCAACAAGUUCUGCAGGCAGAGAUGAGGUGACGCACAGGAGAGAAAACAGGGUUACAGUCAACACGAAGCCUACUCCAAGGAAACACAGGCCACACGGCAGGGAGGAGAGUAUGGAUUCAGAUGAUGAUUACGACGAUGUGGAUAUCCCUAGUAACUAUAGCAAUAGCGAAACCUUGCCAGCAGAUGAGGUCCCGCCUCCACUUCCUCCCAAACCGAAGCUGCGGACGAGCUCGGAGGAGAGCGUCAGCGGGGAUGACAGUCGCGGGCGGGGAGCGCCGUGCUCCCUGUACGCCCCCUCCCCCCUAGUGCGCUGCUCAAGCAGCACCCCCACCCGCCCCGUCCCUCGACCGCGGUCUGUCCGCAACGUCAACUCCGACCCCACCUCAUUUGCUGGUCACAUGAUUGACAGCCCCCCAGACCAACAGCCACCUGUCCUUCCCCCCAAGAAGGAUAGGAGACAGAGACAGUGCCAGCAGGUCCCAGGCGAUGGACCAAGUACAGCGCUGAAGAAACCUCCAGUAAUCUUUAAAAAAGUGUUUCAUGGGUGUCCUUUAAAGAUCAACUGCUCAACCAUAUGGGAUCAUCCCACAACCAAAGAUCAUCACCUCAUCUUUGGAGCAGAUGAGGGCAUCUUCACACUCAACUUGAAUGGGCAGGAAGCCACAAUGGAGCUGCUCUAUCCUGGAAAGUGCACUUGGGUCUAUACCAUUAACAACGUCCUCAUGUCGAUAUCAGGUAAGGCGUCCCAGCUGCACUCUCACUCCCUGAAGGAGCUGUAUGACCAGGCGCGUAAGGAGCACCGUAUCGUGGCCUUGCCAACGCACAGACUCCUGCCCAGGAAAUGUGUCAUAAGCAGUAAAAUCCCAGACACCAAGGGCUGUAAGACAUGCCGUGUGGGUGAAAACACACAGCAGGGCUGCAUCUUCCUGUGUGGGGCCCUCGAGUCCAGUGUGGUGCUGCUGCAAUGGUAUGAGCCCAUGCACAAGUUCAUGCUCAUCAAGCAUUUUGACUUCCCGCUGCCCAGCCCUCUGCGGGUGUUUGAGAUGCUGAUCGUUCCGGAUCAGGAGUACCCGCUGGUCUGCAUCGGGCUGACCAGGGGGCCGAACCCAUUCCAGCCCGUGCAGCUGGAGAACAUCAACCUCAACUCCAAUACCUCCUGGUUCACAGACACUGGCGCAGGGAAUUCCAGUCCUGAUAUAGUACAGGUCAACCAAUUGGACUGCAGCACCCUACUAGUGCUCCUAGAGAAGACUGUACAUAUUGUGAGCCUUGAGGGUACCCCAAAGAGCCAAUGCAAGCUGCAGACUGAGACAAACUUCUCCUUCAGCGUGGAGGCCGUAGUGUUUUUCGAAGACACCUUGCUAGCGAUGUGGAGACACGGGUGGCAGCGAAGAGGAGAGUGCUUCUCAGACAUCCUGCAGGAGAUCACAGAACCCAAGAAGGCUUUCCGUCUCGUGGGAUCUGACAGGACGGUUGUCAUGGAAACACGGCAAUGUGAAGACCAGUCGGGGCUCAGUAAUCUGUAUGUCCUGGAGAUUGCCGAGACAUUUGUCCCAAGUACUUGAGCUAAAAUAUAUGGAUAGGGAGACAUGCUUAUCUAUAUUAGUUGCAUCCCUUUUAUGACUUGUGAACAUUCCAGAAACUCUGCCAGCCCUUGUGAGGUGACAAUUCUCCAAGUCAAGUUCAAACUAGAUUUUUUUUUGUCAUCUUCAUUUACUACCCAAAGUUAUUCUAUAUUUCAGAUGUUUUUUUUUUUGGUUUUUGAAAUGGUAGCAUCACAUAUCAAAAGACUUUCCAACCAAUAACUCAUAGACCUGAGAAGUUCAUCAAACAUGCUGGUAUUUUCAGUGUAAAAUACAACCAAUUGGACAUUGCAUAAACAGUUCUUUUUUCUUUGUGAUUUCACUCUCACAAACACAGGCACAAAGCUGAAAUUUUUAAAAGCUGUGAAAGGAGCAAAAAAGAGAGAAAAGAAUUGUAACAUAAAUUAAAUGUUUUCAAAGGUUAUUUUCAGCAGGUUUUUCACCACUAAUAACAAUCAUUUCCGUAAUAAUAAUUUCGGGUGAUGUCUUGAUUCCAAGCACCUUCAUCCAUAGUCCAAAUAUGAAUCCUAUUUAACCAGCGUAACAUUAUGUUCAGAGCUGAGUAAUUCAGGUCCAGAGAGUAAAAAUCCAGACCAAGAUUUUGUUUCAACCAACCAGUUGAGUAUAAAGAGUCACAGUCAUAGAGUACUCAACUGGUUGGUUGAAACAAAAUCCAGGUCUGGACUUUUACUCUCUGGACAUGAAUUACGCAACUCUGAUUAUGUGCACAAAUAAACCUUAUGCGUCACAGCACAUCAGUAGGCUGCAAAAAGAUACUAAAGUGGUCUGCUGGUACAUACUACUCCACCUAUUAAACACCGAUUUCCUUAAGUACCUGCCAUGCUCUCCGAUUUCACCAGAAAAUGCGUGGUAACUCAAAAAGCUCACAAACUUUUCUGUUUGAUGAGUAAGCAUUUUUCCAAAUAUGAAAUAUAUAACUACAUAUUAUUACAACUAUUGUGCGUUUCUGACACAAAUUUAUGCAAAAGAAACAUUUCCCAAAAAGUGUACAAAAGAAUCUGUGACUUGGCUGCUUGUAGAUAACACCAUGAAAAAAGUCGUUAAGUCGUGAGAGCUUAAUGCUCUUUCCAAAUAUACUUGUCUAGCUAAACAUUUCAGUUAAAUGUUUAAUGUUAAGUGUAGCUAUUUGCGGCAUGUAAUUUUCUCUGUAUAUUUAAUUUAGUUAUGUAAUAAAACUGUGUUGCUAAGGCC